AUGCAAAGAAAAAUUUAGAGUCAAUAUUUUCUUUUAUUGAAAUUCUAAUGUGCACCCCACGAUGUACCAAUUUUGUAUUUUCACUCCAGAGUUUUCUUUAAAUGCUUUUGCUUUUGCUGUACUGAGUUUUGUUCUCCCUGUCAUUGAAUGAGUUGAGUUGACUGAAAUUCUAAUUUAAUUUAAUUACAACAGAUGAUGAGAGAAAGGUGAAGUUUCUGAAAAGCUUUCAAGGAGCUAAGACAAGAUGACAAAGCAAAAGGAUGCAAAUAAGCCAAAAGGACGAGGCAGGACAAAAAAGAAUGACAUCAACAAUCUGAAAGCUCAAGGACGCAAGACAAAACUAGAGUGGAAUGAGAAAGGAGAACCUAUAGGAACAGCAUAUGCAGAUAUGCAAUCAUGGAUUGGGGUUAAAGCAAGAUCUACAGUCCCUCUAACUUAUGAUGAUUGGAGACAUGUAGAUUCGAAACUCAAGGAGAAAAUAUGGAAAGACACAUACGAUGCUUUCGAGCUUCCAGAAACGUAUAAGCCUAAACUACUAUCAGAUGCGGGGAAAAUGAUGAAAAGUUUCAAGAAGCUCCUGACCCGGACGAUUAUCCUCCCGAUUGCUAAAAGUGGUAGGAUAGAAGAACUUCGUGCUACUCCAGAGAAGUAUCCAGAACUUAACAAUAAAGACUGGAAUGAAUUUGUUCUAACUCGUCUUACCCCUGAAUUUCUGGCUUUGAGUGAAGCGCAAGUCGCCAGAGCCAGGAUGAAUCUAUCUCAUCAUCGUUCAUCUCGUAGAGGCAUGCCCAACGUCGAACAAGAUUUGAAAAAAGAACUCGGUGUUGACAAUGUUGAGAGAUACCAACUCUGGAUGAGAGCACGGACAAAGAACAAUAUUUUGAUCGCAGAAUAUGACAAGGAAAUUGAGCAGAAAAUAAAUGAAUUAAAAGAGAAAGUUAGUACUGGUGAAAUCGAAGCUAAGGGUCGGAAUGAUAUCUUAACGCAAGCUUUAGGCACACCUGAGCACCCAGGUCGUGUUAGAGCUGCUGGGUCAUUUGCCAAGAUUUCUACCGUGUUUGGUAGAACUCAAAGAAAGAAAAGAGUUGAGGUCAAUGUCGAUAGUGAACAUGUCGCUGAAAUCAAAAGAUUAAAAGCUGAAAUUGAAAGGCUAAAAGCAGAAAAAAAUGCACAAACAGAAGAGCUUCAAGCCUUAGACAAUGAAUAUAGAAAUGAACAGCGACAUGAAGACCAAGAACCGACUGACAUCUAUGAAGAACAAGAACAACCCUUGGCAAAUGAAGACCAAGAACCGACCGACAUCUAUGAAGAACAAGAACAACCCUUGGAAAAUGAAGACCAAGAACCGAGUGGCAACUAUGAACACCAAGAACCGAGUGGCAACUAUGAACACCAAGAACCGAGUGGCAACUAUGAACACCAAGAACCAAUGGACUAUGAGGAUGUAAGUCAAAGUGUAAAAUUAUGUUCGGAUAACAUUGACAAUGUUGUGGCUGAGGGUGUCAUAAUUGAGGCAGUUGGUUACUUUUCAUAUCAUGGUGACAUAAUUACAAAUGAUUAUGCACGGGUUCAAAUCACACAAGUUAUUCAAGGGGAAGCUGAAAUCCCAUAUCCAAGAGGUGCAAUACGCUAUGUUUGUGAUGCAUGUAACAAAUUGGUUCCUUGGCCUAGGGAAUUGAUUUUGACUGAAGAGGGUUCUCUAAUUAAGAAGCUUCAUAGUUCAAACAACUCGAAGGGGAAAGAGAAAUGUAAAGGAAAAGAGAAGAUAGUGGAACAUCUUGAUUCCACUAAAUCUUAUGAGAAAUUCAUUGCAGAGGUACUUGACAAGACUCAUAUUUCUCUUCAGGCCAUGUUCUUGGAAUAUAUGAGAGUAAAAGGUAAAAAUGAGUUUGUGAGGGUUCCUGUUAACCCAUCCUUAUUCUACCGAGUUCACAUCUACAUAACUUCCGAAGAUGUCAUACAAGUGGCCACCCAAGAUGAACUUACGGGUUCAGCUAUGCUAUUUGGACUAAGAUGCAUUUGGGAAAAUUUAAAUCAAAGACAAAAAGAGUUAUACAAGUUUUAUGAUGUCGAGCUUCUUAGUUAUAACAAUGAGCAGGACAAGGUGAUAGCCAUCAAUCAAUUAUCAAUUUGGUUAAACACUAUGACUCAUGUAGGACAAUACUAUUUUAUACCAUGGAACAUAGGCAAGCAUUGGAUGUUGAUUAUAGCAAUGACAUCGGGAAGAGUUGUAUUCUUAAACCCGCUUAAAUCUAAAAUCCCGUCAGACAUUGCUCAGAUGAUAAAGGCUGCAUAUGCAAAUAUUAGUUCAAAUGCUAUUGUAUUUGGCAAAAAUGGACCGGAGAUAUGGACCUUUGCUUGUCCAAAGCAACCAUACAAUUACGAAUGUGGUUACUAUGUACUAACUUACAUUCGUGAUAUGCUUCAACAUUCAAAUCCCAUUGAAGCCAUAAAAGCAAAAUUUGGCGGCCUAUCCCAAUAUUCUGAGGACGAUCAUCUCUUACCGCUUCGACAACAGUGGUUAAGUCAAUUGCUUCCCUUGAUAUAUAAAAAUUAACUAGUAGUCUUUUAUUGUAUUUUUUUUAGACAAUGUGUAGUAUUUAAUUUAGAGAUUUAUGCAUAAUAUGUAAAGUGUUAUUUAGAAUUGAACUUACAAAUUAUUAUUGUUGUUAUUAAAAAUGAUAUUAAUCAUUUAUUUUUAA